AUGGCGGCCGCCGGGGGACCCUCGCCGGAGCCGGCGGCUUCGGAACCGCCGGCAGAGCUGCCUGCCUCGGUGCGGGCGAGCAUCGAGCGGAAGAGGCAGCGGGCGCUGAUGCUGCGCCAGGCCCGGCUGGCGGCCCGGCCCUACCCGGCGACGGCGGCUGCGGCUCCCGGAGGUAUGGCUAAUGUAAAAGCAGCCCCGAAAAUCAUUGACACAGGAGGAGGCUUCAUUCUGGAAGAAGAAGAAGAAGAAGAACAUAAAAUUGGAAAAGUUAUCCAUCAACCAGGACCUGUUAUGGAAUUUGAUUAUGCCAUAUGUGAAGAAUGUGGUAAAGAAUUUAUGGAUUCUUACCUUAUGAGUCACUUUGAUCUGGCAACUUGUGAUAACUGCAGAGAUGCUGAUGAUAAACACAAGCUCAUAACUAAAACAGAAGCCAAACAAGAAUAUCUUCUGAAAGACUGUGAUUUAGAGAAAAGAGAACCACCGCUGAAAUUUAUUGUUAAGAAGAAUCCUCAUCAUUCACAAUGGGGUGAUAUGAAACUCUACCUAAAAUUACAGAUUGUGAAGAGAUCUCUUGAAGUGUGGGGUAGUCAGGAAGCAUUAGAAGAAGCAAAGGAAGCUCGACAGGAAAACCGAGAGAAAAUGAAACAGAAGAAAUUUGAUAAGAAAGUAAAAGAAUUACGGCGAGCAGUAAGAAGCAGCCUGUGGAAAAGGGAAACAGUUGCUCAUCAGCAUGAAUAUGGACCAGAAGAAAACCUAGAGGAUGACAUGUAUCGGAAGACAUGUACUGUGUGUGGCCAUGAGUUGACAUAUGAGAAGAUGUGACCGACUAGUUGUCAAGUGUUCACAGAUGAAUGGACCACUCGUGUAAAUAAUGCUUCAGGAAGAAAUUUGUAUGUUAUGGCUUAAGAGCAAUUUUCAGUUACAGUCCAGCAGGUCUGGUUGUGGGCAAAAUACUGGGUCUACCAUAGGGAUGGGAGCUGAGGGGUGGAGUAGGUUCAAAAGUUAGAACUAAAAUUGAGAACUAAGAAGCCAAACCCAACCCUAGACUGGAAUUAGGAGGAAGAGCUUUUAUGAAGGGCAGAAGCAGCUGAAACAUAUUCUUCUCCUAGGAAACAACGCGAAUGGUGGUAGAUACUGGGCCCCAGAGGCUAACGAGUCUUCUAGACUCUGUCUCCACAUGAGGGGGUGGGGAGCCGUUGUUGGCCAUGUCUUGACCAACAGCAGCGAUUGAGUUGUGCAGUCUGAUCAUGUUUUCUGUAUCCUUAUGGUUUACUACCACAGGCCCUAAUGUCUGUGUCUAUAUGGCCCUUUUCGAAUCUGGAUUAAAAUGGAACAACAGCCAUAUUGUCUCCUAUUGAUCAAAAAAGGUACUAAGUUUAUCCUAACUUAACAUUUACAGAGCACUUACUGUGGGCCGGGCAGGUGUGAUGCUAAGUGGCUUACAGAUAUCCUCCUUUAAUCCUGGGAGGGAAGAUAACCUCUGUGUUUACUAAGCAUUUCUAAAGGAAGUGAUAACCUACACCCGACAGACAUUGCCCCAAACAUCUGGAACAGGCUUAGUCAGUUUUGACCUUUUUGUCAAAAGGAUUACAAGGUAGUUAGAAAAAGGAUUACAAGGUAGUUAGAACUAGUAAGAGGAUUUGUGCUUGAUUACAAGGUCUGUGCAUUAUUGUUAUUAUUACAAAACUUGUUCAAGUUAAACUGGGUAUUUUCAAGUUGUUCUUUACCGCUUUUUUUAGUCCUGUUGCUACAAGCAGAAGAAAUAGGUUCAUUUUCCUUUCCAGAUCAAUUCUGGAGAUUAUGCUUGAAGGCAGGCAAGUCCAAACAAGUCCAACUCAAAUAGGCUUGAGACUGUAAUUACUAAUUGUUCUGAGAAUUCAGUAUAGAAAUAUUUACUAUAUUAGCCAGGUUUUUUUUUUUUUUUUUUUUAAAUUAUUGAUUCUGUAAAAAUUGAUUCAGAAUGGGCAGCAAGACCAUCCUGGGACCACAAGAAAGCUUCCAGCUUGAUGACAACAGAGUAAGGAGGGUCUAGGUAGCUGACAACAAUAUUAACUGUGUGGGAGAUAAAGAGCCGUUGAGCCAUAGGACCUAGGUGGUUCACAUUCCACUUUUUAGCUGUGGGCCUUUCUAUCUGCUGGCUGGGCAUAGUCACUCAGGGGGAUGGUUUCUAAGGAUUAAAUAUGGUGAGUCUGUGGCACGUGGCACACAAUAGCAGCUUGUUAAUGAGCACAUAUUCUCAUCAGGACAGUAUAAUUCUAGAUUUGUCUAGUUUCAGGUAUGCUUCUAUUCACUCUUUCAUCAAUUUAAGAUAAUCUCCUAUCCAGAGAACACCAACAGCCCAAUGUGCUCAACCCAGGUUGGCACGUUCCUCAUUUCUCAUUUUCAGGUAUAUUUACAGAUUAGUAAAUUUUACAACAAAACAAACUACUUGCUCUUCCUGGAAACUAGUAAACUUACUUUCAUAUGAACUACUGCCUGAAUUGUUCCUGGAAGGGAGAUUUACAAUCAAGGAAAAACAAAGCAUAUGUUCACUUUGACAAAAGACAUGUUAAAAUGGGAAAAAUAUUAAAUGGCAUUGAUAGAGUAUUUAACAGAAUAUUGAUUUGUUUGCAAGGUACAGUAGUGACCAGCUAUUCUUUUGUCUGUAUGAGCUCUUUAGUGGGGAAAGCAGCUGCUGAAUGUUUUUGCUCCUACACCUUUUUCAAAAUUCAACUUCCAGUUUUUUUUCAUAAACUUAGCUGCCAACUGUACAGAGUAGGGUCACAUCAGUGAAUUCUUGUUGGAAGCAAUACUAUACAUGAGAGGACCCAAGAGAAAAAUCCCUCUAGAAUUCAGAUCAAGCAGGUUUAACUAGCCAAAUUCUGCAGGACACUGGGACAGGACUACAAGAUUACCCAAACCUUAACUAGUUAUCCUUUCGGCAUCUUGAGGACAAGAGCCAUGUCUGAUAACUGUUUGUGGGAUGAAGGAAACCAAAAGAAUAUUUAGACAAGAACUUGGGCUUUAGUCCCUUUUUUGCUAGUACCUUGCCAUAUGCACCCUUAAUUCUGUGAAUAAUAAUUUUUUGUUUUAAAUGGUAUGGUAUUUAAAAAACCUAGGAAUUCUUAUUUCUUGAGUGGACUAUAUUUUAUAGCCACUGUGAUAUAAACCAAAGAGAUUGGAUAACAAUACAAAAAAUGCUAAUGCAUCCUAAAUUUAUGAUAAGCUAACAAUACCUAUGUUGUACAAACGCACAGGAAAACUACUUACCAGUUGUGGGGUUGUUGAAUUUUUCCUAAGGUUUAGUGAGGCCUUAAAAUGUCAGCAACUGGCAAUGUCAGAUAAUCCCUUAUACUUGCAUAUUAUUUUAUGUGCACUCUUAUUAUCUCAGUUAAACUUUAAUGCCACAUAGGAAACAGGCUCAAGAAUUAGUAAUUCUAUUAAAGCAAGUUCUGUAGAAAGAAAAUCCAAACCUACAUAUAAUUUAAAGUUUUAGCCAAUCUAGCUACUUCUAUUUCCACUGUAGCAUGUACUUCACUAGUGGACCUUGGACAAAUCUGUCUCCAAGACUAGAGAUGCCCAGAUGGCUCCAAGGUAACAGUUCCCACACCUGCCUGCACCCUGGAAAUUGUGUGGUUUAAUUUAGAAAAUAACUGUAAAGAUUUUGGGUAGUGCUACUCUGAGUAACAUUUAUUAAUAAGAUACUUUGAAGAGUGGGAGAAUUCCAAGUGAGGGAAGUACACCUUCAAUAAGAAACCACCAACUUUAAAGUAGAUUGAGAUGAUAAAUCAUGAAAUACCAAAGUUUAAAAAACAUUUUGAGUUUUAUUUCAGCCAUGUUAGGUUAUCCAUGAGCUGUGAAAAGCUAUGCUACUUGAUAGUAAACCCACCAGUUCUAUAUACUACUUUAUAAGCUGGACCUCUAGUGUUCACAUACCUCAAAUCACUUAUCUUUUGUGCCUUAAGGAGAAAAUACCAGAAAAGUUGUAUGUGUCACAUAUAUAAUACAUCCUAUGGUCAUCGUCACAUUGUCAGUCGGGAAUUUCUGCUCUGUAGGGGUAAUCAAAGGUGAUCACUGCUAUAUUCUUCACUGUUCCCCCCCACCCCCCUUUAGUAAGUCAAAGGAUGCUACAAGAAAGCAAGCAUUCAAACCAUCAAAAAAUAAGACAAAUUAUUUUGAGAUAUUUUAAAAAAAUCUUGACAGGGGAAUAAAAUGACCCUUAGGCCUGUAGGGCACAGAACUGCUGGAACACAGCCAGGAUAUGAGGGUCUAACUCAGCAGUGAAGAGCAGGUUUUCCAGGGUCACCAUGUACUGCUGGAUUAUUUGGUGAUGCUGUGGACACAAAAAAGGGGAUUUUAGGUUAGGAAAAAGACCAUGUAAGCAAUCUUGCAGAACAUUUUGCUCAGAAGCCUGCCCAUGUUGUUGGAAUGAUGGGAAGGGAUGGGGAAAAAAGUCGUUAUGCUUGAUAGGAAGAGGGAUAUAAAAAUGGGAAGGAUGUCAGUAACUUAGAAAAAACAACUGGUCAGAACUGGAUUUCAACAUAAAUGUAAUUCAUGCUUCAAAGCAGUAGCAGCUUCUAUUACAGACUAGGUUCAGUUGGGUCUCUGCUAGUUAGAACAAAAGACAGUAGGACUUUUUAAAGGUAGCCCAGGCAGGGACUGCUCCAAGAUUAAAAACCCAGGAAAGAGGAUUAAAAACAUGGUUGCUGAAACAUGAGAAAAGAUACUUUGCAAUAAUUUUCCUUUUUUUGCUUUUACUGGUUAGAGCAUCUAAGAUUUUUGUUUUACAAAAAGAUAACAUCACUGGCUAAUUCUCUAGUAAGUAUUCUAUAAACUAAGAAAUCCAAACUUCAUUUUGUCUCUUAAAAAUAGUUCAUCUAUCUCACUGACAAUUCCUGACCCGUUGAGCCUACGUGGGAGGAAAAAUGUUAGAAAAUGAAAAUCUCUUCUAUGCAUGCCUGUACGACUUGCAUAUACUAAGAUCUCUACAGGCUAGACCUAGAGAACAGCAAUUAAGAGUAUGAAUGAUAGAGGACCCAUUUAAGCCUAAAUAUUCUGAUGAGCAAUAGUAGGAGCAAAUGGACAUUAAAAGGGCCUUCCUUACAAGUACUACAAAACCUCCUGACAAAUCCGACCAUUUUUUAAAAGUUUUAAAACUUUUUUUUAAAAGUCCUUGUGGCUGAGAAUAGUGAUGUUUAUUAUCUAAUCAUAAUUUCCCACAAACCUGUAAGAAGAUCUGCUGGAGCCUCUCUAUACAGUUCUUAUACCAUGGGGUUAAUACACUGGUCCCGUCAGUCUCACAUCGUACUAAGUGCUCAGUCAAGAUCAUGAUAAAUCGCUGGAAACGGGGUACAAAGGUAAAGCAGUGUUACAGGGAAAAUUCUUAUGCUUUAAAAAGCAAUCACAUUUUUGAUCAAGAAACCUCAAAGGCACUGCUUAUUCCACUCAGUCUUCAUGAUGUGCAUUGCCAACUUUCCUAAGUCAAUAAAUCCUGUCAGUCUAGAAAGGCAGACUAGGGCUAAUGUCCGUACAUCCUUUUAUAUAAUACACGAACACCUUUAAUAUCUAGAUUACUAUGCCUGUCAUUUUUCUCUGCAACUACUUCUAAGGCCAUAAUUAGAAAUGUAUGUAUAAAAUGUUCAUCAGAAAGGAAAAUGAUCAACAAUUGGGAAUAAUUAAAUAUAAGAGGUAUUUAAAGUAUCCUCAAACAUUCUGUGAAAGCUUGGAGAAAUGCUCACGUAAGAAUGCUAAGUAUAUACCACAGACGCGGGGGGUCCAUGUGGUUACCUGCAAGUAGUGAACUUUUACUUCCUUUGUAAAUUUUUGUAUUUUAAACUUUUAUAAAUGCUCAAGUAUUAUGAUUAAAAAAAAUAACAUUUUUCAAGCCUAAA